CCCUUCCCACCGAGUGUUUAUUUUAUAGCUUUUUCAUCAGGUAAUCAACUGAAACACUUGAACAACAGAGAGCUGGCAGAAUGUUAAGGAAAAGGAGUGAUUAUCUCUCCAACAGAUGUGACAAAAUGGUUUAACUUGGAAACAGUAUUGUGUAAAUGAAUCAAGUGAAUAGCAGAGGAGGAGAAAGGAGAAAGCAGAGACAGAGGAAGGAGCAACCAUCUUCCAACAUGGAUCGUGAGGGGGGGAAAAGGCACUCUUCUUCAGCUGUCUUGUGUAUUUAUAAAGUGAAAGUCAAAAUAUACAAUCCAUGUUUGCCAAAAUUACAUUCGACAUUGCUUUAGAGACGCUCACACACCUGAGUCUCAGUAGAAAGCUUCAGAAGCUGUCUGAAAAAUCAGAUAGACAGCACCAGUGUGUCUAAACCAUAGGCUUACCAGCAAUGGGUUUUAAAAGAGAUCAUCACCAUCAGGGUCCUUUUUAUAAAUAGUACUGCAAAGGUCACAAAGCUGCAUGAACUUAAAUUACAGGAUAAAUCUGACGAACUGAUUGCCCAUUUCUAUCUUUACAAUUCCCUCUCAAGUAAAUCAGAAAGCAAGCUCCACUCCAGAGGAGUUGAAUUGGCAGUGCAUCUCAAACGGGGUGCUUUUCCCCUCCAAAGGCUGCCUGAGCAGCAGGUUAGUUGGCAUCAUCCAGCAGCUUUGCAUAGUGUAAAUGGAUGCAAAAACUUAACAGCAAUUGCCUUACUUCCUCUCAAAGCAAACAGCACUAACUUAUGAAGAGGCAAAUUUUCAACUCAUGAAGUAGAAGCACCUGGACCUCUUAAAAGACAAACUUCAUAAAAGGUUACAAUACCGGGCGCCUCUCAUAAUAAAGGAUUUUAGGGCCAUAGGUGUGUUUGAGAAUGAUCAAUGGGAAAAACCAGAGAGAUGGUUUACACAGAUGUUCUCUAUGUAGAAUUCGAAUAGCAAUUAAAAUACCAGCUAUGCAUUUGGGAACCAGCCUUUAGUUCAAUUCUCUAGUGCUUUUAGAAUUUUUAUUUCAUUUUAUUAGAAAAAGAGAAUCAUUGUCUACAAACUAUUUUCUUUCUAACUAUGCAAAUACAAUGAGCAAAUCACCUGCAAUAUCAAAAUACUGUUUGUAAAUCACAGAUGGGACUCACAAUUUUAGGAAUCUCUGAUAGGACAUAUAUUGAGAAAGAGCAACAGUGGACUUCAAAUUAUAGGCAUUAACUGAAUUUUAAGAAUAGAAAAUAAAAUGCAAAGUUUAAAAGUCAGUACGUUUUUCUCAGAUUUUCAGUCAUUUAAAUCCAAUCAUCAGGAAUUCAGAAGCACCCAAUAUGUUCAAAGUUGCACAAAUGCAUAUGGAUGAUAGAAAAGUAAUCCCCAUGCAAUACUUUAUGUGUUGCUGUCAGAUAUAUUUAAGUGAUACUUUAUAGAUUAAAGCUGGGUAAAACCAAAAUAUGUCCUUUCCAUUAAAUUUUAAAAGUCACAAUAAUUUAUCAAUAGUUGCCAUUUCACAGCAAUUAGAAAACAGGAGUCGAUACAAGUUGAACAAAAAGGUACUUUUCCCUCUCUUAGGAAAUAAACAUAUAUAGAUAUAUAUAUAUACACAUACACACAUAACAUUAUCUUUAAAAUUCAAAGUGGUUAAUUUGCUAUUGUAUUAUAUAAAAAAAAAUUUUCCCCUAUUUUCAAAAUACUGAAAAAAGCGCAGAGGCUGAAAAAGAAAAAUCACACUUGCCACUUUAAAAAAAUACAUUAUCAUCUCAGUGGUUCUGUUUAUUUGAUUAUAAAGUUAGGUAUUACAAGGACUCUGCACUUGUCAGGCUCCUAGGACUAUAUUAGACCACAUGGGAUUAAACCUAACCCUUUCUCAGUCUCCAGGAAGGAUACUUCUCACCCACCCUGAAAGAUGAUAGCAUAAAUGCCCCUAUUCUGAACAGCUAAACUGGGAAAGAAAACCUGCCCACCUGGAAGCAAUCCAAGUUAUAAAAGUUUAUGAAUCUGUGGGAGAGACCGCCUGGAUCAGAAAGCUAUUCUUUGGAUAUAAGUUAGGAGCUGUUUUGGAAGUAUAUAAACUCUUUUAGGCCAGUAGAGUACAGAUUCAAAAGUGAUUUCUCCAUAAAUAAUAACCUGCUACAGGGGUUGGCAAAGUAAAACCCAUGGUCCAUAUUUGGCCUGUCAGCUGUUUCAGCAAUAAAGUUUUAUUGGGACAGAGCCAUAACUCAUCACUUAUGUGUUGUCUGCUUUUAUACUAAAAUGGCAGAGCUGAGUAGUUGUGAUGGAGACCGACGGCUUGCAAAGUCUGAAAUUGCAUGUACUCUCUGAAUCCUUUGACCCUAGAUCUAUGUGCUACUCUAGUUACCUAAAAGAGCUGAUGCAUCUUAAGAUUUUAGCUGGACUCAGAGAAUAACCUGCAUCCUAGGGUUCCUUAGCAGAUAAAUGUCAGAUGCCCCAUCCCAAGGUGGUGCUUUACUUUUGGGCGAGGAAAUCAUUUGUAUAUAUUUUCAACAAAGGCCUGCAAAAGGUAUUAAAUACACAAAAAAGAAAGUCAAAUAAGAAAAGUAUGCCUGUUGAUAUACUUUUAAUAUUGUCCUAUUAUUAGGGGGGAAAGGGUGUUACAAUGACUUUUCCUGUCAACUUCUUUUAGCUUUUCUUUAAAUUUGUCCAAAAUGUCUUUUGAUAAGUUGCACUCUCUCCUCCUCCCAUACAAUCAACAACCUUUAAAGCAACCUCCCUGAAAUGCCUACAUAGUCUGGUGAGGCCUUAUUUGGGGAUAUUUAAACUAAACAUAUUAAAGGUUACCCUUUUAGAAAAUGUUUCUAAAAUUCUUUAUCUUUGCUACUCUAAGAAGUGGAAGAAAUAAAGAAUGCAUAGGGAAAUAAAAUUCUGCAACAUAUACCUUAAAAACCAGAGGUAUAAAAUAGCUACCAUUUCUGAAUGGUAAUGUAAAAUAAAAACAGAAAAGUCUUCCACAUUUGAAGAGCAAAUUUUCCUCUGCCCUGAGUCAGCUAAUGAAAUCUUUUUGCAAACAGGGAACAACCUCCUGAACUAAAGCAGCUGCUCGUGAAUCUGUAAGAGUUCACAGGUGUUUCCAUUUUCAAUAGUUGUUGAAACAGGGAAGAUAAAACACUGAGAAGAUAUUUAUUAAACUCAAAUAUAUAUCAAGAUGAACUGCUUUUUUCAACCAGCUUAUAAGUGAACUUUUCUCUUUGUUAAAAAACGAAUGAUAUGAAACUAUAUGUUAAAGAUGUUUCCAUAAUACCUUACAUUUAUAUCGCGCAUUACAAUUUUCAAAGUGCUUUCACAUGCCAUCUCAUUUAAUCCUCACAACGCCCCUGUGAGGUAGGUACAGCAGGUAUUAUAUCCUCAUUUCAAGAUGAGGAAACUGAGGCAGAGAGAGGUUAAGUGACUUGCCCAAGGUCACACAGCUGAUAAGUGGCAGAGCCAAGUCAAGAAAUCAAGAUUUCCGGCUCCUCGUCCAGUACUCUUUCCACUAUAACUACUGCCCCCAAUUAUGAAUAAUGUACUUCGUAUCAAAAUUGAAAGGUUAUUGAAGUUCAUUUCAGUGAUGUCUUAACAGUAAAGUUAAAUGAGAAAUACAAGAACAGUAGAUCUGAUGGUUUCACUUGACGUAAUAAAAUUGGUGCAAAAUCACUUGUCUAAUUACUUAUAACCUUUUGGUCCAAAUACAUAAAAUAUGCAAUAUUUACAGCAUUUUCCUUUUUUUUUUUUUUUGUAAAUGCAAUGCUUUAAAACACAUUAUAAAGCACCUUAGUAAAAAUAGUCUACAAGGAAAAGUACAGAAGAAGUAGGAAAAUCCUACCCAUACCACAACUCACUAAUGGAGAUAUAAUAUGGAGUCACCGGUAUCUCAGUUUACAGCUUUACAAAUAACCCGUGGAGAAACAAACACUAAAUUUACUUUUUUGAUAUUAGUAUGUGGAAGCCUUAACUAAAACUUUAGGCAGGGGGGAUCCCGGUGGUGGAGAGAGCAGCAUGGAGCAGAGCGCCCAGGGCUGUGCUUCUGGGGCCCCGGCCAGCGUGCCCCGGGCGCAGCGCUCACCCUGCCGGUCCCACCACCCAGCCCCUGCCGCCGCAGCCGCCGGCACGCUGCACCCGCUGCUGCUUGCCUGGCUCUGCCUGGCUGGCUGGCUGGGGGCCUCCCGCGGCUGCCAGCUGCCCUCUGAGGGGAGACCCCUGAGUGAGGGCUGCCACCCCAAGCAGGCUGAGAUCACUGUGUACACCGAGGUGCUGGCGCUGUACCAGGACGGGCAUGGCAGCUACCGCCUGCCCUGGCAGUACGUGGGGCUCCUCCACGGGGCCCAGGUCAAGCAGAGUGGGGCAGCAUGCUCCAGGCUCAAGCUCACUGGCCAGGGCUACUUCUCCUGUCACUCCCACACUGUGGUCCAGGAGUACUCCUAUUUCUUCUUCCUUAGGACAGAUGAGGAAUAUAACCUCUAGCCUCAUGGAGUCAGUUUCCAAGAUGCCAUCUUUCCAGACACUCAAGAGAACAAAAGG